UAUAUGAGUAUAGACCCGGCAAGAAGGGACGUGUACAUGUCAUCUCCACGGGAGACUAAAGAUAUUUCCUCAAACCUUUGCUGGUGGAAAAUUGGUCUCGGUGUUUCUCUGGCAGGAAUUGCUGCUCUGACUGUGGUUCUGAUCGUGGUCAGUCUUUCAGCUUUCCAGGAUUCCUCGCAGACGGACGUAUAUCCAAUGCUCUUCCCUGCACGCUUAUGUGGCUCAAAGGAUAGCAGUGUCCUGCAGAGUCUUUAUCAGCUCCCGAAAUACAAUUCAUGCACAUCGAGUGAGGCCUCAUGCGCUGCUGUUCCUUCUGAAAUCUGCGUAGAGAUCCCAAAGAGCCCCAUAAAUGCUGUGGUCAAUCAAACAGCUAUCAUUCCAGUCAAAAUUCAAGUCCCAAAGCCUGACUGGGAUUUCAUCGAGGUCCUCUGGCACCAUACCCGAGGAACUCCACAGGACUUCAUUCUGAAAUAUGGCCUGAGGUCAUGCAGUCCCAAGAGCAAACCACAGCUGUGGUGGAAGCGUGAAUGCCACCUCCUUUUAGAGGUUAUGCCAGCCCACCGGUGGAGAAUGUCGGCCAUGAUGAACGCUUGGCUCAUCAUCUGGAAUGUGGAGGUGAAACAUGCUGGAAGAUACCAAGUGACAGUCAAAUCUAACAACAUGAAAGAGGCAUGUAGUUUUGUGGACCUGAAAGUAACAGAAGAUAGCAAAGACAUAAGAAUGGAUGGACAGAACCGAACCCAGAAGCAGCAAUGAUUUCCCUUUCUUCAGUAUCUCUUCUUUGGUAUCCAUUCACGAAAUCUGGCUGAAGAUGAGCAUUUUUGCAAUGCUGGGAAGAGAGAAGAGCUGGCAUGUUACAGUGGCUGGUGAUACUGGGAUGGACAUUGACCUUGCAGCUGAGAUCAAGAAGACCCAUCUUUUUUUCCACGUGGUUUGUUUUAAAUAUUGAUCAUUUGUGUAACUAUUUUUACUUGUGAGGCCCCCUCAAGCAGCUCUCUAAAAAGGCGUCAAGUUCCAUAAACAAAGAAACAAUCCUUAUGAUCCUGCCAUCUCUUAGCCUCAGCUCAUUUCUUGUAAAAAUAGAAGUGAUUAAAAUAUACCACAUUUACUCAAAAAGAUUACUCUGAAUUUUAAGAAGACCCAGGACAUAACUGUCACUUGUAUGUGAAUAGAUCAAGAUUGGUAGCCGUGUUAGUCUGUCUGUAGCAGUAGAAAAGAGCAAGAGUCCA